AUGACAGAGGGAGACGCAAAUUCUUCAAAAGUUAUAGUAUUGCUGCAGCCGGUGGCAAACGCGCCAAUUUUAAAACGAAAAAAGUUUGUCGUUGACCCUUCACGAGACAUCGCCUGGUUCACCACGACAAUUCGGAAGAUGCUUCAGCUGGCUCCCGAUGAAUCCCUAUUCUUCUAUAUUUCUCAAACGUUCGCUCCAUCUCCAGACCAUACAUUUGAAAUGUCACACAUGAUUCAAAUCGAUCACGAUGAGGAAGAUCGCGAGUCAUCCGAAUACGAGGAGAUCGAUGAGGAUCAGGACGGCGAUUUUGCGGAAAAUUCGGAAAUGCCGCUAGCCGAUUAUUUGAAUGUCGGAGAGUUGCCGGAGAAUUAUCAAUUCGAGAAUAUUGUAGUUGAGGAGGAGAUUCUCGACACGCAAUUGCCUUCGACAUCAAUGAAUGAAUCAUCCGAUGUGAUCUAUCAUUCAAUUGUGGAAGGACCAGCAUGCAUCGUUUGCGGUCGUGGCGAAUCGGAAAAAAUUCGACUAUUCCGCUGGCCGAAAAACCAGCGAAUUCGCACCAAUUGGAUUCAUUUCUUUCGGCUUCGUCCCGAAAUUCUCCAAACCGGCGAUGAAUGUUUCAUUUGCAGUUUUCAUUUCGCCGCUGACACUUUUAUAAUGGUGUCGGGAAAAAUCUACUGGAAAGCGACGCCGAUGCCAAAAUAUCGAGCGCGGCGUCCAUGCAACACCGAACCAUUUCCGUGGGAGCAAUCGGCCAAAGACAAACCGAUUGCGGAAAAAGCUCAAAGCGAGCAGCCACAAUACAAAAUUCGAUAUCGAAUGUCUUAUAAUAAGUAUAAAAGUCGAAGUUCACAUCCCGUCGCUGUCCUUUCGCCGGUGAAUGAGCCUCAUCUAUUCUACGAGUUUCAUUAUAAUCGGACUUCGACGAAUAAUACCAAAUUCUAUUCAUGUUUGAAUUGUAGAAGGGCAAAAGCGAAAAGCGGAAUUCGAGACGUGAUCCGAACGAUCCAUUUGGAUAAUUGCCGCCUUCUCAGCCAACACGAUCCAUUCUUAGGCCAUCAUUUCGCGUGUCGACCGCACAAUGUCUAUGAUGAUAGCAGCUCGUGGAGAUCGAUCAGCGAUCGUCCGAAUGAUCAGCGAUUUGUUGAUGAUGUGGUGUAUGUCGAUGAGCACGGCAAUCCGAUUCAAUGGGAGAAUUGCGAGCGGAUUUCGUCGACAAUGGAGUUCGAGCCAGCCGAAGAUCCGCACGAGGUUUUCGCACUUGAUGAGCAUAUUCUUGAGAUGGAUGCCGAUUCCAAGUAUUAUUCUCACCAGCCAGAAGUCAAACAGAAGGGCGAUCGAAUAAAAAAGCUGAAAUGCCAUUUGUGUUUUCGACGGAGCUUUAAUUCGACCAAGGAAUUCGCCGAUCAUCUUCAAUUCCAUGUGAUGAACGAGACCAAUUGUAAGAAGUGUCAAAGUCGAAUUUCGUGUGAUGAUCCGCCCCUUUUAACAAGACGCCAAUUAUGCAAAACUUGCUGGAAACAUCGAUAG